GUUACUGAAAGGUGCUGUUUGUGACCCCAACAACACCAUCAACUGUCAGGUUCUGUCUGUGAGACUGUGCCUCAAUUCCCCAUUCCCCGUGAAUCAUCCAGCUCACUCCCAGUUCCAAGUACUGAAUCGAAUUGCCCUGCCACACAUCUCAUAUUCUCUCGUCCUUGUAGUUGAUUGACGCCUCCGGUGAAGAGCAAAGCUAGCUUCUUGAUUAGUGGUUCAUUACUUGACAACCACUUGAACGGUAGCGGUGGCAGCAGCGUGUCAUUAUUGGGGUGCGUGCUGCUAAAUCAGUCGCCGUCAUGCCUUCGGGUCAAAAAGAAAAGAAGAAUUCAUAUGUACAAAUGCAAAGAAACUAUAGCAACUGGCCUUGUUAUAAGGAGCCCAUGUUUGCUUUGUUUUACUUACACUGGAGCCAAGACGAGCUCUCUGUCAGGUCUAUGAACUAAUGUGAUACUGACCAACUACUCCAGCCAGCAGAGAACUAAUGCGACACUCCAUCCGCCGGAAAACAUGGUUUGUGAUGAUUCUAAUAAGGAAAGAGAUCAUAAUUCUCAACCGCCGCCUAUAAUCAUGCGCUGCUAUGUUCUUACGGGUAUAAUGCACUGGAUUUUUGGAAGACCAUACAAACAAGUCAUGCUCGCUCCACUACCAGCUGUUCUACCUUAGGAUUCUCAUUUGUAGUUUUCAGCUUAUGGAAGGGUUGCUAAGCCACCUCCUACGAGGUUUUGUAUUUUGUUAGCUUUUAGAAACACCACUACCAAUCCUCAGGCAAUUUCAGUUGCCAUCUGGUUUACGCGAUCUAGUUCUGACUGAGAUGUAUCGCACCUAGUUCUUUCUCUUAGAGUGGCAAACUCUUUCACAAGUAACAUGGUUCAUUUGAUUGUGCAUCUAUCUUAGUUUUACAACUGCAUCUAGACAUGGAGUCAUAAUUCUAGUUUGGCCUUUAAAGCACCCAUUGCCAACUUCAUGCUGAUCGCCAAUAUAAACCCCCCAUUGCCAAGCCCCUCAUCCACUCAUUCCAAGCCUGCAAACACCUGUGGCGACCCUUGCCUCUGCAUACCCUGCCCAUUGUUCCAAUACCAUGGCCGCCCGUCUCCACCAUUUCGUCCCACUCGUGGCGCUCCUCCUGCUGGCCGGUGCCGGUGACAUCAUGGCAGCGGGGAGCGGGAAGGUGCCCGUGGCCCUCUACUACGAGUCGUUGUGCCCUGACUCCGUGGACUUCGUGGUGAACCACCUCGCCAAAAUAUUCAAGGAUGGCCUCCUCGACGCCGCCAACGUCACCCUCAUCCCCUAUGGCAAUGCCAAGGUCGGCGCGAACGGCGCCAUCUCCUGUCAGCAUGGCCCCUAUGAAUGCAUUCUGAACAACGUGGAGGCUUGCGCCAUUGACGCCUGGCCGGAUUUGAAUGUGCAUUUCGGUUUCAUCAACUGUGUGGAGGACCUGGUGAUGAACAACAAGCAAGAGGAGUGGGAGUCCUGCUUCAAGAAACAGAAUCUUGACCCCAAGCCUGUCAUGGAGUGCUAUGGGAGUGAGCAUGGCCAGAAGCUUUCGCUCGAGUAUGGGAAACAGACUGAUGCGCUCGUGCCUCCUCACAAGUACGUUCCGUGGGUCGUGGUUGAUGGCGAGCCGCUGUACGACGAUUAUGAGAAUUUCGAAGCUUACGUCUGCAAGGCGUACAAGGGCCAUCCUCCAAAGGCUUGCCAGGAGCUGAGCCGUCAGUACCCGAUCGUGCAACAGGUGGUGAAGGCGAGCAACGGUGUCAGCUACGACUCCUUCGAUCUCGAGGAGCUCGAUGACAACGUUGACGGCGAGAUUAAGAUGGUUGGGGCUGAUGGCAAUUGAUAAGUUAUGUUCCCUUUCGGGGGCUCACAUACCAGUAGUCCACUAUACGUGAACAAUGGAUAGUUUCAUAUUUCUGUUAAGUUACUAUGGAAUUGUAGAUCAACCGAUCAUAAAGCGAGUUAUCGUGAUAUGCUGUUAGCUUGAUCUGGUAUAUACUGUACCACGUAAUGGACUUGGGAAUCAAAUCAAUAGCAUGCUUGGCUUC